AUGGAGCACACUCUGAAGAUGCUUCAUGACGUGAUAGCGAGGUCAUUACAACAACCUCAGGUGCCACCUCAGCCACUCGUGCCACCACAACCUUCAGUUAGUACACCGAUGUUACCGUUGAUAACUGCCAUGAAAAAUAUGAAGACACCACAUUUUGAAGGAGGGACAGAUCCAUUUCAAGCCGACCAGUGGCUUCGAACAAUGGAGAAAAACUUUGAGACCCUGACGUGUUCCGAAGAAUCUAAGAAGAAGAUGGCAGUGUAUUACUUAGACAAAGACGCGGCAGAAUGGUGGGAGAGUAGGGAUCGCCAAGUAGGACAUCUGGUCACCACUUGGGCGGCAUUCAAACAAGAAUUUGAACACAAGUACUUCACUCCUGAAUCUAAGCGAAGGCUUCAACGUCAGUUUGCAAACUUGGUACAAGGAGAUAAGACGGUUAGAGAAUAUGAAUCUGAAUUUAUGCGAUUGCGACGACACGUGCUGCGAGGACAAGAUGAUGAGGAGACCAUGAUAUCUAACUUUAUGUUUGGUCUUAAACCAGAGUUAGAGAAUAGACUAGCAGUCGGUAACUACGAGAGUCUCACCGAGCUAGUGGAAAAAGCUGUGAAUGUGGAGAUCAGAUUGGAAGCUGAGAAGGCGGCAAGUAAGAAAUUCAAGCAGCAUCAAGAAGGAAAGUAUGGUGGAAAUCAAAGAUCAUUCAAGGGUAAAGAUAAGGAAAAGGAAUCGGGAGGGCCAAGUCGACGAUCUUUGUUCACAGGAAAAUGCUUUAACUGUGGCAAGACAGGCCAUAAGUCAAGUGAAUGCUUCGGGAAGAAACCUGGAUCCUUUCAGUCAAACUCCUACAAUCCUACAUGUUUCACGUGUGGAAAGAAAGGGCACAUCUCUACCCAGUGCAGCGUCAACCGUCCUAUCCCAGCUACGCCAAUCACUGUCCAUCCUCCUCCAGCUCCACCUGCAAUCGCACCAGCGCCAAAAAGGCAAGCUAUAGGAGGUAGAGUUUACGCUUUAGAACUAGAGGAUACUAAACCUCCAGGCCCAUCUAAGGGUCCCAUCACAGGUAUUUGGGUUCUUUAA